AUGAGGACGGUAAAGAAGAUCGUGAAGAUUGCACUUACACAGCAGAAACCAUGGCGAGAAGAACUAACCAACUUCCUUCGGAACUUCAGAGCUACACCACACAGCGCAACUGGAAAGGCCCCAGCAACAGCCUUCUUCAAUCGCCAACUCCGAACGAAGCUACCCGAUGUACACACCAAUGCACGGGACCCAGCCGAGAUCCAAGAGACGGACCAGAAAGCCAAAAGAAAGAUGAAGAAAUAUGCUGACUCGAAAGCAUAUGUCAAGCCAUCAAGAGUACGACCUGGCGAGACCGUGGUCCUAAAGCGUGAUCCCUCACAUCGAAAGUCCGAAACCCCGUAUGAACCAAAGCCAUACAAAGUAAUCAGCUGCAAAGGCUCGAUGGUAACCGCCACGCGAGGAGAAAAGACAGUGACCAGAAACUCAUCGUUCUUCAAGCUCGUCAGACAACAAGAUGAACCAACGGAAGGCGACUCAACCGAUGGAGAACAUGAUAACCUCGAAGACACGGACGGUGAACCAGACAACACUGCACAGGCUGAGGAACAGCAACAAGAACCUCACCGUUAUCCUCAACGCGUUCGAGCGCCACCAAGACAUCUAGCAGACUAUGCAUAG